AUGAUCGGUGCCCACACCGAUUCCCCAUGUUUGAGAAUCAAGCCAGUUUCCAAGCGAACCAAUGAAGGCUUCCUCCAAAUAGCUGUAGAACCCUAUGGCGGUGGCAUAUGGCACACCUGGUUCGACCGUGAUCUCGGCAUUGCAGGCCGUGUGAUGGUCAGACAGCAAGAUGGCACCAUCGCAUCUAAGCUGGUCCACGUUGACAAGCCCAUCCUCCGUAUUCCAACUCUGGCUAUUCAUCUCGACCGUACAGAGACCUUUGCCUUUAACAAGGAAACCCAGCUUGUUCCAAUUUGCGGAAUGGUAGCUGCGGAACUCUCCAAGACAAACAAGGACUCUAAACAGGAAGAAGCUGGUGAUUCCGUCUCUCCAUUCAAAAAGAUUACGGAACGCCAUCACCCUUGCUUGAUUGAACUCCUGGCUUCCGAACUCUCUGCCAAGCCAGAGGAUAUCAUCGACUUCGAAAUGCUUCUCUAUGAUACCCACAAAUCAUGCCUCGGUGGCAUGAUGGACCAGUUCAUCUUCUCUCCCAGGCUCGACAACCUCAACUCCUCUUUCUGUGCAACUGUUGCCCUGAUUGAGUCUCUUGCCAAGCCAUCUGCCUUGGAGAAUGAGUCUGCUAUCCGCUUGGUUGCUCUGUUUGAUCACGAAGAAAUUGGCAGCAGAACCGCUCAGGGUGCGGAUUCAAACAUCCUCCCGGCUAUCAUUCACCGCCUAUCCAUGCUUCGUGUAUCUGAGACUAAGUCAGAAGAGGAUCUCUCUACCGCCUACGAGCAGUCCCUCUCGACCUCUUUCCUCGUCUCAGCUGAUAUGGCUCAUGCCGUUAACCCGAAUUACGCCUACAAGUAUGAGUGCGAGCACAAACCAGAAAUCAACAGAGGACCGGUCAUCAAGGUCAAUGCUAAUGCCCGUUAUGCUACCAACUCCCCCGGAAUCGUUCUGAUGCACGAGGUUGCUCGUGCCGCUGUAGCUAAGAGCGAUAUCUCCUCAGACUCCAUUGUACCAAUGCAACUGCUGGUUGUUCGCAAUGACUCCAGCUGUGGCAGCACCAUUGGACCAAUGCUUUCGGCGGCCCUUGGAUCGAGGACUCUCGACUUGGGAAGCCCGCAGCUGAGCAUGCACAGCAUCCGUGAGACUGGUGGAACGAAGGAUGUGGCCCUUGCAACUCGACUCUUCACCAGCUUCUUUGAGAACUACACUACCUUGGCUCCUAAAAUCCUGGUUGACUAA